UGUCCUUUCCAGUUUCCAUUGCCCAACCCAGUGUUGGUCCUCAUGAGCAUCUGUUCUAAUGCAGCCAAUGGUCAUGCAGGGAUGCUCGUUCACCCUCCCAAGAUGUCGUGAAUGGCACACCACAGGAGCAUCCCGUCGCAACAGCACCUCCUAUGCUCAGUCUCAGGUUAAAACAGCCCGCGAUGGCACUGUACCAGCCAGUGUGAACAAGAAACCUCCAAACGGUGCUGUUGGGCCCCAGAUGCCUCUGGAAAUGAAUCUCUGCUGGAACGAGAUUAAGAAGAAAUCACACAGCCUUCGGGCUCGUCUAGAGGCCUUCUCGGAUCACAGCAGCAAGCUGCAGAUUCCCUUGCAGGAGAUCAUUGACUGGCUUAGCCAAAAAGAUGAGGAUAUUUCUGCCCAGCUACCACUCCGUGGGGAUGUCCUCCUGGUACAGCAGGAGAAAGAGAGGCAUACGGCAUUCAUGGAAGAAGUGAAGUCUCGGGGGCCAUACAUUUAUUCUGUUUUGGAAUCAGCUCAAGCUUUCCUUACUCAGCACCCAUUUGAAGAAGUGGAAGAUGUAAAUCUCGACAGCAAAGAUGUCUCCCCACGACACCGGAUUCAGAAUAUCAGCCGUUUUGUAUGGAAGCAGGCAACGGUGGCCAGCGAACUGUGGGAGAAGUUGACUGCCCGCUGCGUCGACCAGCACCGUCACAUUGAGAGGACCCUAGAGCAGCUGCUGGAGAUCAAAGGGACCAUGGAGGAGCUCAGCACUACCCUCAACCAAGCUGAGAGUGUGCAAGAGACAUGGGAGCCCAUUGGAGAUCUCUUCAUUGAUUCUUUGCCAGAGCAUAUCCAGGCCACCAAGUCGUUCCAAGAGGAGCUGUCCCCCAUGAAAGAUGGAGUGAAACUUGUGAAUGACCUUGCACAUCAGCUGGCUAUCUCAGAUGUUCACCUGUCCAUGGAGAACUCUCGUGCCCUGGAACAGAUCAACACACGCUGGAAACAACUACAGGUCUCUGUCAACGACCGGCUGAAGCACCUUCAAGAUGCCCACCGGGACUUUGGGCCAGGAUCGCAACACUUCCUCUCGACCUCAGUCCAGGUCCCUUGGGAACGAGCCAUUUCUCCCAAUAAAGUCCCUUACUACAUCAACCACCAAGCCCAGACAACGUGUUGGGACCAUCCAAAGAUGACUGAAUUAUACCAAACACUGGCUGACUUGAACAACAUCAAGUAUUCUGCUUACCGUACAGCCAUGAAGCUACGCCGUGUGCAGAAGGCUUUGCGAUUGGACAUGGUGACGCUGUCGACAGCCUUGGAGGUGUUCACUGAGCAUGAGCUGCAGCCGAGUGACCAUGUGAUGGAUGUGGUUGAAGUGAUCCACUGCUUAACCUCUCUGUAUGAGCGGCUUGAGGAAGAAAGAGGCAUCCUAGUCAAUGUCCCACUUUGUGUCGACAUGAGCCUGAAUUGGCUGCUCAACGUUUUUGACAGUGGGCGCAGCGGGAAGAUGCGGGCACUCUCCUUCAAGACGGGCAUUGCGUGUCUCUGCAGCACAGACGUGAAAGAGAAAUUCCAGUACCUCUUUAGCCAGGUGGCCAGCUCCAGCGGGCUCUGCGACCAGAGGCACCUCGGCGUCUUGCUCCACGAAGCCAUCCAGGUUCCGCGACAGCUGGGGGAAGUGGCAGCCUUUGGUGGGAGCAACGUGGAGCCCAGCGUGCGCAGCUGUUUUCGCUUUGGAAAUGGCAAACCAGCCAUCGAGGCUGCUCAGUUCCUGGAAUGGGCAAACUUAGAGCCACAGUCAAUGGUGUGGCUGGCGGUCCUUCACCGGGUGGCCAUUGCUGAGCAAGUAAAACACCAGACUAAGUGCUCCAUCUGCCGGCAAUGUCCAAUCAAAGGUUUCAGAUACCGUAGCCUCAAGCAGUUCAACGUGGACAUCUGCCAGACCUGCUUCUUGACAGGACGAGCUAGCAAAGGCAACAAGCUGCAUUAUCCCAUUAUGGAAUACUAUACAAUGACCACUUCUAGUGAGAACAUGCGGGACUUUGCUACCACCUUGAAAAACAAGUUCCGCUCAAAGCAGUAUUUCAACAAGCAUCCCCAGAGAGGAUACCUGCCAGUCCAAUCAGUGCUGGAGGCAGACGUCAUGGAAACGCCAGCCUCUUCUCCGAUGUUACCACAUGCUGACACCCAUUCUCGGAUUGAGCAUUUUGCUAGCAGGCUUGCAGAGAUGGAAAGCCAGACUUCUUCUUUUUACAAUGACAACCUUUCUCCGGAUGAUAGCUUGGAUGAAGAUCAAUAUCUUUUGCGCCAUUCCAGCCCUGUCACAGACCAAGAACCUAUCUCCAGUCAACAGGCCCAGAAUGGCACCAGGACAGAUGAUAAAGGAGAACUGGAAAGAAUUUUGGCUCACCUGGAGGAUGAAAACAGGAUCCUUCAGGGAGAGCUGAGACGUCUGAAGUGGAAACAUGAAGAGGCAGCCGAAUCAGCAGAAGGCGCUCCAGAAACAGCACAGGAUCCACACAGUGAAGAGCUGCUGGCAGAAGCCCGCAUUCUUCGACAGCACAAGAGCCGCCUAGAGACCCGGAUGCAAAUCCUGGAGGACCACAACAAGCAAUUAGAAUCUCAGCUGCAACGCUUGAGGGAGCUGCUUCUUCAGCCACCAGCAAACUCCAGAGAAGAAAGCUCUGCCACUUCCACUGUGGCUUCCUCUCCCCAACCAUCGGAAGGGAGUCAGCCUAGGGAAAAAGAUGCAAAUACUCCGAACACAGAAAGGGCAGAUGAAGUAGAGGCAAAUUCACAGGAUGUCAGCCUGUGUCUAGAAGAUAUCAUGGAGAAGUUGCGGAACGCUUUUCCCAAUUCUGGAGGACAAAGAUCUAAACCCUUGGCCUUGUUGAAGAAGUCUUUCAAGUUCUCCUAGAGACUUAGAAUUGGCAGCUGCUGGUCCAACUUCCCUAAUCUAACACCUCCUGAAGGCAAGAGGCUUUGUCUAACCAGUUUUUGGCAAUUGCUAUUCUCUUUCCUCCUCACCUCUGUCUUUCCCUCACAUGGUGGGCUUCACCCGCAUCCUCAAGGAGAGUUAAUCAGAAUCUGUGCAAGCUUUGACUCCCUGGAGACUACUGCUUAGUAACUCCAGAGUGCUUGCCGGAAGAGUGAUCCAGGAGUGGCCAGAGUCCAGACGAAGUCAAAGCCUGGUGCCAGGAGAGACCCAGGCUCAAGGAACUCUGAAAGGGCACACUGAAGGUGAGGGGACAACCUUUCGCAGCAAAACACAAAUGAACGCCAGUGGUGUUUUCUCCUCUACAGUCUGUGAAUUGUUGCCUUUUGUGAGGUCAGUUUGGAGUUGAGGUCACCUACUGAGGAUUUGGCCCAAGCCAGUGGUCAAGCAGUGGUUUAAGAUGGCAGAGACUGGAGUUAGUUUCAUAAGAACUGAUUGACAGGUAGAUAUGAGAAAACAAGGAUUUAAGAACAUGAGAAGAAAAUUACAUUUAGAGUUUAGUAUAUUGUGAAAUGAACUUGCAAAUGAUUGGGUAUUUGCAUAUCUAACAUGCUCAGUGGGAAGUGAUGGAACAAAUCGGAAGAAAUUUCACAGAAAUAGAAGAGAGAAAACAGAUUUUGGAAACACAUCCUUUUAGCAGCAGCAGCAGCCUUAUGAGUGAUAAGCUUUAUAACAAAAAGCCUUAUAAUUUUAUUUGUGUGUGUACUGUAUUCACAAGUGCACACACACACACACAUACAUAAAUACAAUGUUAUCUAUAUUGUAUUUAAGUGUUGUUAUGGACUCCAUAAUGCAUUAAAUUCUAAUUCCUG